AUGGCGUCCGCGGCUGCGACGAGCUGGACCCCCGGGGGGCCAGGGGCCGCGGAGGCCGAGGAGGCACGCGGCUGGCGCUGCCCGGAGCAUGGCGAGCGCGUGGCCGAGCUCUUCUGUCGCCGCUGCCACCGCUGCGUGUGCGCGCUGUGCCCGGUGUUGGGCGCGCACCGCGGCCACCCGGUGCGCCUGGCGCUGGAAGAGGCGGUGCAUGUGCAGAGCCUCACCCAAGACUGUCUACAGCAAUUGGCAGUAAAGAAGCAACAAGAAAUUGAUAAUAUAGCCCAGAUAGAAGAUGCUGCUGAGAAGCUCAAGGCUCAUGCAGAGUCAAGUAAAACCUGGCUGGCGGAGAGAUUCACGGAACUCAGAUUAUUACUUGAUGAAGAGGAAGUGCUGGCCAAGAAAUACAUCGAUAAAAACAUGCAGUUUACCCUGCAGGCGUACAGGCAGCAGAUUCAGUCUUCCGAGGAGCACGUCGCCGCCAUGGAUGAUGUUGCCCACAGGGUCUGGGGUAUCGGCCAGGAGCAGGAUCCCAUAAAGCUGCUACAGGAGUACUCGGCCGUCAAGCAAGAGUUGCAGCAGCAGCUGAGCCUUGGGGAUCUGUGCCACCCUGUGCCCCUCUCCUUCGAGCCCCUCAAGAGCCUCUUUAAGAGUUUUGUGGAAGCUGUGCAGAAUUUAUUUCAGAUGCCGUUGGAGGUGCGUCUUAAGGAAGACACAAACUGCCAGCUCUUGGACUCCUCCAGCGCCAAGUCAGGUAUUAUGUUGAAAACGGGACCCUCUGCAGAGAGAUCACUCUUCUUAAAAUAUGCGCGCUCGCCCACGCUGGACGCGGACACGAUGCACGCGCGCCUGCGCCUCUCGGCUGACCUCUUGACCGUCCGUUGCGGACUGUUGGGACGGCUGGGGCCGACGCCCGCGCUGCGCUUCGACGCGCUGUGGCAGGUGCUGGGCCGCGACGGCUACGCGGCCGGCCGCCACUACUGGGAGGUGGACGUGCAGGAGGCGGGCUCCGGCUGGUGGGUGGGCGCGGCCUACGCCUCGCUGCGCCGCCGCGGCUCCUCGCCCGCCGCGCGCCUGGGCUGCAACCGCCAGUCCUGGUGCCUCAAGCGCUACGACCUCGAGUACUGGGCCUUCCACGACGGGCAGCGCUGCCGCCUGCGGCCCCGCGACGAUCCCGACCGGCUGGGCAUCUUCCUGGACUACGAGGCCGGCGUCCUGGCCUUCUACGAUGUGACGGGCAACAUGAGCCACCUGCACACCUUCCGCAGCGCCUUCCAGGAGCCCCUCUACCCGGCCCUGCGGCUCUGGGAAGGGGCCAUCAGCAUCUCUCGGCUGCCCUAG